AAGAGGUGACCAAAAGGAGACUAUCCUGCGUCGCUUCCUUCCCGUUGAUUUGAUCGAAUAAAGGAUUAGGGUUUGGAGACUGAUCGAUGCGCAGAGAUUCUGAAGAAUCGGAUGGAGGACAAGAGGAUCGACUUGGAUGCACCGCUCCUUUCCGUCCGGAGAUUCUCCGCCGGGGCGGCUUCUCCGGCUCCGUCCGUGUCCAAAGAGGAGGAGGGCGAUCAACGCCCUCCACCACCGAGGAGGUCGUCUCUGCCUUUCUACAAGUCGGACUUGAAGUCGGGCCCGGUUCGCGUCCCCGGCGUCGUCCCCUUCGUUUGGGAGCAGACGCCUGGCCAGCCCAAGGAGGGGUCCGUUCCCACCUCCGAUGGGAAGCCUCUGCCGUCGCCGAAGCCGCCUCCUGGUAAGAUUAUGAAACAAAAGGAGCCGGAUUUAUCGCGAGCCGCUGCGGCGCCGGCUGCGAAGCUUGGCAAUAGCGUCCGGACUCGUAAAGCCGUGGCCUUUGCCUGCGAUGGUGGCACUGCCAUAUCCCCCGAGUCGCCAGUAGACGCUCCUAAGAAUGUAGAAGUUCGGAAGGUACAAAAUAAGCUGAUACAGGAGUCGGUUCCAGCGGCAAACAACCUAGAAGAAGAAGGAGGAGGAGGAGAUGACGACGACGAUGCCUUCUCCGAUGCGCUCGAUACACUAUCACGGGCGGAGUCCUUGUUAAUGAAUUGCAGCGUCAGUGGCGUCAGUGGAAUGCCAGAUGCGGCCAAGCUCUCUGGAAGCGUUCCAAAGGAUCCCCAGGUCCGGGACUUCAUGAUGGAGAGGUUCUUGCCCGCUGCCCAGGCGAUGGUUUGCGAGUCGACGCAAUACACCUUCAGGAAAGCCGCUGGGCCUCCACGUGAAGCCACCAAACCCGUCGAAAGGGUUGCAAUCAAUGAUCGCAAUAGGAGGCCACCGGCUCCUAUGCGUUAUCAUAACAUGCCUGAUUACUUUCCGCAGUAUGCCAAGGAGCUUGAGGAAGGGGAUAGCAAUGAUGACGAUGAGGAUGACGAGUACUCUGAUGAUGAUGCUGGUCAUUUGCCAUCGAAAGCUUGUGGAUUGCUUUCCAGGUUUUGUCUAAAGAAUUCCUUUUGUCUGCUAAAUCCAGUCUCAGGAAUUAAGGAUCGCGGACGCCUGCCUCCACCACCAAGGGGAAGAACUAGAGACCCUCAGUUAUGGAACUUGCAUCGCUUAUCUCUUGGUCCAGUUGAAGAUGAGAAUUCGUGGGAAACUGUUUAUAGGCACAAAUUAGGGCAGAAUUCUCGACCUCAAGUGGCAGAGGUGAGUAAAUUGAGGAGUGAAUCUGAUUCCCAGACAGCUGAUGGUUCAGUGACUGGAGGGUCAUCUCCUUAUCACAAUGAAGGGAAUGGUUUUCUUGGAAAUCCAAGAAGCAAGAGUAGCAAGACUGAUGAUUCUGAUGCGGGUGAUAAAGACAUCAACCGUUGGGAAACAAAUCAUAGCAGCAGCCGAAUUGGUUUGGGCUCCAUGAGCCCUGCUCUGGAGAAGACACUUUAUAUUGAUUUAGCGAAUAGGCCAGGAUCUUCGGAUUCGAAGUCGAGUUCUUUCAACACUGUCAAAGAUACAAGGGGUAUGCUGAGCUCUGGUGAGGUUGGUACAGGAAGUAGGAGGAUGGAAGAGAGUUUCGUUGCUGAAGCUUGUGAAGUCUCCGAGGCUGCUGAGCCUGUUCUACCUUUCUCUUCAGAGAAACCAAAUCAUAUGGAUAUGAAUGGUGAUGAUAACCAUAAGCAUGUUGAUAAUGAUAGAGAUCCACUGCAUCUGAGCGACGACGACCUCAAUCCUUUGCGGUCACUUCUGCCUCCACCAUUGCCCAAGUCACCAUCUGAGUCCUGGCUCUCUCGCACUUUGCCUUCUGUGAGGUCUAAAAAUCCAGCUCCCCGGUCAUUGCUAGGUGUUCAACCUCUGCCUAGGAAACAAACCUUGCAGGCAUCUUCCGCUGAUAUUAAACAGGAAACAAGUGUUGAACCAUCAGAACCACUACAUCGCCAGAUUCUGUUUGCUGAGGUGCUGGCAAAAUAUGAAUCUCCAAAGUCAGAAAAUUGAGGUGCAAGCUUUUGGUUUCUCGCAUAGGCGCAUCGAUAUGCCACCUUCUAGUUGCAAUUCCAAAAGGACAGGAAAAGGUACAUAGAAACCAAUUUUGACUUGGAUUCUACAUUCCUCUGUACUUAACUACUAUAAUUGUAAAUGGCAUGAAAUUAUUUUGUUUCCAUCUGGUAAUCUCAAAUGCACUUGCCAGGUUACUUUUCCACUUCAUAGCUACUCAGCAAUAUAAAAUUUCUUGUACAAUUAUGAAUACAUUUCAAGGAAAGGAUAACUCGACACAUUGUCUAAGUUAAUCAAAGCUGUAACACAAAUACAAUAUGCGUGUCAUUGUAAUCCAGUUACAACUCUCAACUGGGUGUAUGUAAUAUACUAGAAGAUGUAUAUGUUUCCAUG